GCUAGAUGGCACUCACUCACUGUAAUCGCCACCCUCGACGUCAUCACCCCGCGACGCUUCAGGCGGAUGCUGUGCUGAAGGGCGCCGUGUGCUGACUGUAGCGUCUUAAUGUCCUGAGGUGCAGGCAGGUUGAGGUUCUCAGGGUGAAAUGUCGGUGGCGUCUCUGUGUCGCUCUCUCAGAGCGUUCUCUCUCAGCUCCAGGGUUCUUUCAGCUCCGCUGUGCGCCCCCCCUGCUGUGAGAGGUGUGGUGGGCGUGGCCACUCAGCUGAGGCCACACCCCGUUCGCUUCUUCACCACCACCAUGCUCCGCCCACAGAACAGGACGCUGUGGAAACAGACGGAUAAAUACACCAUCCGGCCAAUCGGAGUCAAGAAGACCGGAGGGAGGGACUUCACAGGGAAGAUCCGGAGGCGGGGCAUCGGAGGCGGCCACAAACAGAGGUACAGAAUGAUCGACUUCCAGCGGCUGCGUUUCGAACCGGGGAAGGAGAAGGGCACUCAGAUCGAGGAGAGAGUGAUCGAAGUGCGCUACGACCCCUGCAGGUCAGGUGACAUUGCUCUGGUUGCCGGGGGAAACCGUAAGCGCUGGAUCAUCGCCACAGAGAACAUGCAGGCUGGUGACCUGAUUAAAAGCUCGUCUGCGAUUGGUCGGAUGGCCGUGUUGGCCAACGAGGGUGACGCCCACCCACUGGGAGCACUUCCUGUAGGAACUCUGAUCAACAACCUGGAGCUCCAACCGGGGAGAGGAGCACAGUACAUCCGCGCAGCAGGGACGUGUGGUGUUCUCCUGCGUAAAGUAAACGGAACCGCAAUCAUUCAGUUGCCUUCAAAACAGCAGAUCCAGGUGUGUGAGACGUGUGUGGCGACGGUGGGCCGUGUGUCGAAUGUAGACCAUAAUAAGCGUGUGAUAGGGAAGGCAGGGAGAAACCGCUGGUUUGGGAUCAGACCGUCGAGUGGACUGUGGAAGAGGAAGGGUGGGUGGGCGGGGCGUAAGAUUAGGCCCCUCCCCGCGCUGAAGAGUUACGUCAACCUGCCGUCUGUCUCUGUACAGCCCUGAUACACACCUGUGUGUGUGUGUGUGUGUGUGUGUGUGUGUGUGUGUGUGUUAAUAAAGAGUUAAUAAACAG